CAUGAUUCAUAGUCACGUGUUGUAAAUAUUUACACAUGACACUCACAGGUGAUUAGCUGCAUACGAACCCAUAACUUACAUAGAAAUGGAAAGAUUUAUUUCAUUGACGCUAAUUGCAGUUUUUGCUUUAUUCGGAAUUGUAAUAUCAACAACAGAAUGUGAUUUACCACCAUCCCUGUGGUGCUCCACACCAGAAACAGCUAAACGAUGCAAGGUAUUCGAUCAAUGUAAAGACUAUCAAACAGAGAAACGUGAUGCCAAACUAGUCAAUGUUACAUUAUACCACGAAUCUUUGUGUCCAGAUUGUAUAGAAUUCAUCACAACCUCGUUAUGGAAAGCUUUUACUAAGGUGUCAGACAUCUUUACUAUUACAAUGGUGCCAUAUGGAAAUGCUAUGGAAAAGAAAGAAGCAAAUAAGUAUAAAUUUUUCUGUCAGCAUGGAGAAGCAGAAUGUGUUGGCAACUUGAUAGAGAGUUGUGCUAUUUACGUCUUAAAGAACGAGCGGGCAUCGUUUAACUAUAGUCACUGUAUAGCAAGUUAUCUUAAUACUCAGCGGAGGGUGGAUUUUCCCAAAGCAGCUAAAAAGUGUGCAAAUGAACAGAAUAUCAAUUAUGACCAAAUAGAUGCCUGCGCCAAUGGACAACUGGGUAACCAACUCGAACACCAGAUGGCGGUAAGGACACGUGCGCUGAAUCCUUCACAUAACUAUGUUCCUUGGGUUACCAUCAAUGGGGUACACACGGAAGCGUUGCAAAACCAAACAGAAACAGAUCUUAUAAAAGUUGUCUGUGAUACAUAUCAGGGUCCAAAACCAAGUGCUUGUCAGGAGAUCAUCCAUAAUACUCAUAGUUGCAGAAGACUGAAGUCAGAGCUGUAGAUUGUUUUGACAACAGUAACGUGAUGCAUAAUUAUAUUUUAUAUCAUCUAACGAAAGUUAACUGUGAUGUCGGGUCACUGCUUCAUAAAAAAUACUUUAUCAUCUCCAGGAUUUUGGUGAAUUCUGGAGAUUACGUAUAAUGCUUUUUAUGUACCGAAUUUGCUCUCCUUUUUUUAUUUUGAUUAUUUUUGAACAAUUAAGUGUAUUUCGUUGAUUUGAAACAUUAAAGAUGAGAGAUUCAA